UUUGUUCAACGAGACAUGACAAUACAUCGGACGAUGAGUGACCUCGUUUACCGGUAAGCCUUCAAAGUUGUUAGGCCUACACAAGUGUGGUUCGUUUACAUAUCAGGGCACUAGGUGUUAUGCGCGCAUUGCUGUCUGGUGCCAAGGACGACUUGCACACACGUCGAACACUCCUACAUCGAGAAUGAUCCGACUUUUCCUUCUGUUACUGGCGUUAAGCCACGCUGCUUCAGCACUUCCAUAUGCUGAACGAGAGGACCCGGAAGAAUUCGACGAUAUGGACGAGGGAACACUAAGCAGUUACAGAGACACGUUCAUUGAGUACGAUGCAGAUGGUUCCGGAGGCAUCGAUCUCACGGAAUUGUUUCAGUACAUGAUGGUGGAGCUGGGACAGAACAGGCCCCAAUUCGAGCUGAGGGGGAUGAUCGCGGAGUUUGACACCAACCACUCGGGUUCAAUCGACUUCACUGAGUUCGUCCGGAUGAUGCUGGGCAUGAAGUCCAGCGUCUAAGCUGUGAGUAAUGCAUAGCAUCAGAACACCAUUUUGAUGUCCGAACAGAAGAAAUAAGAGAGAGGAUUCCCAUAAGGAACCUAGCUGAUCUUCCAUGAGUUCGACCGCAACAAGAAGCUAGGCAUUAUUUUGGUCCCGACAUUAUACAUACAACGGAAUAUUUUUGAUGCCAUUCAGGUGCAGAUCCAAAGGGGGGGGGGGCAGCCCUGACUCAAGUUUCUUCCAUAAAAAUACCUUAAAAAAAUGUGAACCCCCUUCCCCUUUCUUGCACUAACACAAAUUAUACUGCAAAUAAUGUCCGCCUGUGCGAAAUUCGGACAGAGCCCGCUUUGUAACGGGGUUAUAAUUUGUACACAAGAGUGUUAUGAUCAUCGGAUUUGAACAGCGCCCCCAUUGAAGGAUUGUUUUUACGGACUCCAAUUUUGUUUCCGAAGAAAAAGUAAAACCUGUCUACAUUUCAGCAUUGAUUUGCUGGUGAACCCCCCCCCCCCCAUCAUAAGUAUAAUGUGUUAACUACAACCGAAUUGCCGAUUGUAUGUCCUGUGUCAUUACUUUCAACACCCAAACCACCAUCAUUUCAUCUUCUUAUCUUCAGCUUUCCACUAUCUACAGUAAAACUCAAAAUACAGGGUGAGAAAAAAAA